UCGGCCCGUGAUUCGUAGCAUAGUUACGCGCCUUGUUCCACUGUCAGAGCGAGGCAUUGAAGACCAAGCUCCAGUGGAUAUUCUAGCAUCGCUCGAGGGUGAUCCAAGCUCUGCUUGCUGCAUAACGAUCCCGAAGCGCGAGUCUUAGGAACUUGAAGAGGCCAGCGUUGGAGGUUUACUGGCGAUGCCGCAAGCGUUUCAGAGAAUGACCAGCCUUAUGACGACACCAGGGAUGGCAGUCACGCGGACAGCGGGUUCGUGGAGAGAAGCCCAAUCAGAGCCAAUCGAAGAAGAAGCAGUGGGCGAAUGGCGAACAGGAACAUGCUGGAGUCGUUCAGAAGAGAGGAAAGCUCGGAGCCGGUGGGAACAAAUGAUAUGCCAGUCGAUCAGGAAGCGAUCCGAGACCCGGAUGAUGGAGCACGACGGUGAGAGGGCGGUCUAGCGGCAAGGGCGACAAAGUCGAGAAGGAGGCU